AUGCUGCAUGGUUUUCGCCGAUGUGGAUCCCCGGUAUGCACUUCACAAUAUUUCCUGUGGUGGCUGGUACUUUUGCCUCCGGCGUUGGCGCACAUUCACACACCAUCGGGAUACCGCGGAGCCUCAGGAGGACUGUUUGGCUACAUAGCGCAAAUCACCGGUCUCACCACCAUCGUGGUUCGUCGGGCCACCUCUUUGGUUGGCCUCUGGUUCGCCGGCCAAGUUUGCUGGUUGACUGUCGCCUAUCUCCACGAGAUGGGUGGAGGCGCUCUGUGGGGCCGCAGUCUUUGGCUUGCCCUCUGGGGCGCUUCCGCUCUCUUCCUCAUUGUUAAUGUAGUCAUUUUGAAGUGUCUGAUGAGAUGGCUCGUGGUCAGUAUUACUCCAACAUCCUCGGAGAGGCGUCUUAAUCACUCAGAAUCUCCACCGGUCCUUAUGACCUCGCUCAACUGUGAAAAAUACAGAGAGGAGCUUGGGAGCAAUAUUCGAAAAAGAAAUUUAGAAUAA